UCUGGCCCAUAAAAAAACCCACGAAAGAAAAAUCUUACUGCCAUUUGGCAAUUAGCUUGAUAGCCAGAAGCCCCGAAGCCAGAAGAUAAACAAUACCUCUUCCUCUCCCACCACCAAAACCCGUAUAAGUUAUCUAGGGUUUAGUCUGACGACCACUGCCACCAUAUUCCGGUCUCCGCCACCACCACUACCAUCCCUAAUGAAACCUUGUGAAUAAUAAAAAAUAAAAAAUGGGCAGCAGCAGCAGGUUCCUAAUGCUCCUUUCCCCCUCUUCCCCUCUUCUCCACAACCAUCGCCCCCCUUCCACCCUCCUCCGCCUUUCUCGCCACCGCAUCCGGCUUUCCUUCGUCCUCCACCACCACCACCCUUCUUCUUCACCUCGCCCUUUGCACCCUACCACUAAAAACAGAAAAAACUCGGCCUUUUUCCUUCUCAAACCUUCCUCACGCCAUUUCCACACCCAAACCGCCUCCGCGAAUUUGUCUAACUCCUCUUUAUGGGCCCCACCCCAUCAUCCCUGGCCUGAAUUCUCCGGUCUCCUUAACAACAUCUCAACAGCCGGCUACUUCAAUUCCACCCACACUUCCACUGAGUUUGCGGCGGCUGCUUCCGAGUUCCCGGAAGAGUUUCUGGGCGUGCUCCAUGCGUGCGUGGCAUUCGCGCGUGAUAGAUCAGACCUUUUAAGAUUGCUUUCGAGGAAGGAGAUUGACGUGGUGGUGCGAAAUGGGAAGCCUUUUUUGUUCAAGGACGGAGAGGAGUCCGCGAGGAAGUUGAGAUUGUUUCUUGACAGUGGUGAAGGCAAUGUUGCAGAUGUUGAUAAAGCAAACUUGGUUGAUUUGAUGAGGUUUUUAUUGAGUUAUGCAAGCAAUCUUUCUGCUUCCUUUGAGAGAAGCAAGCUCUACAACAGUGAGCCUGUUGAGUCAUCCGUCCGACAUUUGCUGGGCCAGUUGGCCAAACUGACUGACAGUCCUGCAGUGUCAAACUAUUCUGGAUAUGAGCAAACUCAACCCCCAGAUAGAUAUAGACAAAUGCCAAGGUCUUUUGGGCAGAAUGUUGAAAUGAAAAGAGGUGACUGGAUUUGCCCAAGGUGUACUUUUAUGAACUUUGCAAGAAAUGUGAAAUGCCUUGAGUGUGAGGAAGCACGGCCCAAGAGGCAAUUGACUGGUGGAGAGUGGGAGUGUCCCCAAUGUAAUUUCUUUAAUUAUGGGAGGAACACUGUAUGCUUAAGGUGUGAUUGCAAGCGUCCUGGAGCAAUCUCACUUGGUAAUACCUACUCCAAGCCAGGUUUGGCAUACAGCAAUGGGAUUUCUUCAAAUAAAUCUGAUCUUGAUAGGAGGUUAGCUGCCAAUGAAGAGAAAGCACAAAGAUGGUUUAGUAAGGUUUCUCAGCUUGAUAGUACUUCUGAUAUGAGCAGUGCCAUAGCAGAUGAAGAUUUUCCUGAAAUCAUGCCUUUGAGGAGAGGUGUUAACAGAUUUGUUGUAAGUACAAGGAAAACACCUCUGGAGAGGAGGUUGGCCAAUGCUCAGUACCAAAGAAACAUGGAUAAUGAUGGCAUUGCUGAGCGUAAUAAUUUUCAGACUGGGGGAGUAAAUAAGACACUAGAUGCAAAAGUGAGCCGGAGUUUAGAUGAGAUCCUUGGUCGUUCAUCCACCUCUUCUGGAUCUAAUGAUUAUAGUAUCAAUAGUGGAGCGGAGAAUCCUGUGUCUGCAUCUACUUCUACUUCUAGGCAGGAUGGUCAUCCUAGAGGAACCGAUUCCAAUUAUGUUCCAUUUGUGCCAUUACCAGCAGAUAUGUUUGCCAAGAAACCUGAAAAUUCAAAGAUACAAGAGAGUCGUAAUACUGUAUCAAACGACGACCAGUCUGUUGUUUCAAAUGCAGUUGGUAAAACGGAUGCUGUUUCCAGGAGUGAGGAGUUGAACAAGUCUCUAAAAAGUCAGCAACUCUUUAUGAAGAAUGAAAAAGAGAGCAGGGACAAAGAGCUUGAACAAGAUGAAAAAUCUGAGAGAUGGUUUAAGAAGGUUACCAAGCUCCAUAAUGUUACAGAUCUUGGCAAUGCAAGUUCUUAUGAGGACUUUCCUGAGACAACGCGAAUGCACAAAGGAGAAAAUCUAAUCAGCAGAAAGAAAGACCGUUCUUUGACUUCUCCUACUUACAAGAGACGUGCCGCAAUAGAGCAAGCUGGCAAUACCAAUUAUGUUCCCUUUGUCCCUUUCCCACCUGACUACUUUGCUAAAAAGGAUAAGCAGCAACAUAAGGGAACAGAUUCUAGUGCAAAAGCAACUGAUGAAACCUCUACCUCUGUGACACCAGAGAAGUUAUCUGAGGUGUCCAUUACAGAGGGUAUGCAGCCAGUGCAAAACCAGCUGACGCAAAGCUCAAAGCCUGCUGGAGAGAACUUAAAUGAGAUGCAGAGAGAUGCUGCUUAUAUGGCACAGACUAGUGGGUAUUCAAACCAGAAAUUUAUCAAUCCAAAAACGAGUAACGAUGAUAAUUUGAGCAGUGAGUAUUCUAAGAAUGAGAGUAGGGAACGGAUGACAGAUUCAACAGGAAGUUCACCCCAACCAUCUGGGAAUCAGAAUGUUACGAGCACCUGGAGUGGAAAGAGUUUGGAAGGUUCAGCGGUGAAGGAACCAGAUCCAUUGGACAUGUCGGAGGAGGCCAAAGCAGAGAGGUGGUUUCGCCGUGUUGCCCAAAUAAAGGACAUUUCAGAGCUCAGCCAGAUACCGGAUGAAGAUUUCCCAUCGAUAAUGCCAAUGAGGAAAGGGGUGAAUAGGUUUGUAGUAAGCAAGCGGAAAACACCACUAGAAAGGAGGUUGACAUCUCAACAGUAUCGUAGAAAUCUUCCAGUUGUGAACUCGGAUACAGGAAAAAAGGACAGCGACAGUAGCUGAGUGAGAACCGAUCAGGAUUCAGGAGAUCCAGCUGAAAAUAUGAUAUUUUUACAUGGGUUCCUUUCUUCUUCCUCAUUUUGGACAGAAACAGUUUUUAAGAAUCUAUCUGGACCUGUAAAGGAUCAGUACUACAGACUUUUUGCUGUUGACCUUUUGGGAUUUGGCAGAAGUCCAAAGCCAAGUGAGUUUGUAUACGUUGAAUGAUAAUGUGAAAAUGAUUGAGACAUGUG